GCCACCGCCACGUCAGGCGCUCCCAGCUCUGCCUCCUACUCACUGCCUCACCCUCCCUCUCCUACGACAGCAAGUACCCCGCCGCCUCCGUCGCCAGCUCUCACCGCAGCUUCAUCCUCUACGCGUACGGCCUCGAUGUGGUCAAGCACCCUGGGUCCGACGAGGCUGGCUUUCUCUUCGACCCGACCUGCGGCGAGCGCCGCGCCUGGUGUACGACCCUCAGCCUUGCGUCGUCCUCAACAUCGCCAUGCUUGUCACCGUCACGCUAUCCCUCCUCGCCCUCUUCAUAUCCUACCCCGUUAUCUCCUUCUACCACAACAACAUCCUCACCCACAUCGCCACUGCCGACACCCACAUCAACUCCACCAGUCAAUACGAGCUCUCCUUCCGGUCUCACCGCGGGCAAACCAGGUUUUUCGGGCUCCGAAAAUGCUAAUAACAUUGGUCCUCCAUGGGAACCUUUUCGGAGAGCUUGACUGACUCCGAAAAUGCUCCUACAUUUCUCAUGUUCGUAGCAUGUUCGCCGAAAACACGCAUGUUCGGCCUCCGAACAUGCUGAAAUCGGCUGAAACGCAUCAUGUUCGCAGCAUGUUCUGACAAUAUUCGGAGUCCGUAAAGGUUCCCAGGCGGGACCGAUGUUCGUAGGGGUUUUCGGAGUUCGAACAACCUGGUUUGCCCGCGGUGUCUG